AUGGCUGUCCACCACAACCAACCAAUUUUGAACCCUCAUUUCAGAAAGCACUGGCAAGAACGUGUCAAGGUGCACUUCGAUCAAGCUGGUAAGAAGGCUUCUAGACGUGAUACCAGAAUUGCCAAGGCUGCCCAAAUUGCUCCAAGACCUUUGGAUCUAUUGAGACCUGUGGUUAGAGCUCCAACUGUCAAAUACAACAGAAAGGUUAGAGCUGGUAGAGGUUUCACCUUCCAAGAAGUUAAAGCCGCAGGUUUGACUCCAACUUACGCUAGAACCGUUGGUAUUGCUGUGGACCACAGACGUGUUAACAGAAACCAAGAAAUCUUUGACGCUAAUGUCCAAAGAUUGAAGGAAUACCAAUCUAAGUUGAUCGUUUUCCCAAGAAACGGUAAGGCUCCUGAAGCUAACCAAGUCUUAUCUACUGCUGCUACCUUCCCAAUUGUCCAACCAGCUACUGACGUGGAAGCUAGAGCUGUGGAAGAUGAUGGUAAAUCUGCCUUCAGAACUUUGAGAUUGGCUAGAUCUGAUAAGAAGUUCAAGGGUAUCAGAGAAAAGAGAGCUAAGGAAAAGGCUGAAGCUGAAGCUGAAAAGAAGAAAUAA